AUGACCAAGAAUAAUCUCAGCAACUCGCUCUCAUGGCUCUUGCAGCACCCACACUCUUUUGGAUCUCUGGAACACAUAUCUGUUAUUGCUGAUGUUGCGAUUGGGUCCUACGAUGAGUCGGAAGCAGCACACACGAACGAUGAGAUGGCAAGAUUGCAGCUAGCACCACAGAUUGCCCCGAGACCAAAACUGCAUACUCAAUUAAACCACGAUCCUAAUCCAUUUCCCACCCCUGCUCCCUCGCGAUCUUCAGACAACAAGCCGCAAUCGAGUCCCCCAAAGCAGAAGCAUGGAACGCCUUCCACAUCUCGGCACGCGACCAAGCCGCGCACGCCCGUAACGAGCUUUGACGAUAUCAAGUUUGACGAUUCCAAGGACAUCCUCGACAUCGACGAAAUUGAUCUUACUGGCGACAUCACAACUUCUUCCUUCGGCGAAUUUGGUCCGCCAAUCCAGCUAUGGAACGAAAGGUCAGCUUCUCGCAUAGAGCCAUCGCCGAAGAAGAAAGGAAAGAAGAGGAAGAGCGACGAGUAUGAAUCGGACCUGCUCUCGCCGCACUCAAGUCGGAAGUCAACAAAAGUGAUCCAGCAACGGACAACUACGACGACAUCUCCAAUCCGCGGUAGCCAGACGCGCCUUAUCGGAAAACGUCUCCAAGAAGAAGUUAAUCUGACCCAAACAACAAUCCGACCAAAGGCUGAGGCCUCAGAGCCAGACACCUCUCCAGAUUCCUGUAGUGAAACGGUUGAGGGAGGUCGAGGUCACAAAUGCAAAGUACCGGAAGAUAGCCACCAACCGCAAGCUCCGGUGCGUUCUCAACGAACCCGUACGCAGCGGUCACAAAAGACCAUUCAUGACUCGGACGACGAUGAAGACGUAUCGCCUGUUCACAAGCUCGAAUCCGAUGCGUCGGGCUCAGCAAUCCCCAAAGACCAAGGUGGUCUAGGUUUAGGCAAUAUGGUCACAAAAGGACAUGACGUGGAAACUAUUUUCCGCUCACCGGUUCGAUCGCAACUAUUGACGGUUGAAGGAGCGUCUGGGCCGUCGGAUCCCGUCCAAGUUAGUACGACGCUGACGCCUCGGACGACGUCGAACCUCGGAGUAAUGCUCAACAAUAACGUUCCGACACCAAACCUGACCGGCGACCUGACAUUGAAACAGAGAAAGCUGAUCGAUAGCUUUGUUAUGGACGGUAAAGAGCAGCUACAGGGUCUUCUGCGACGGCUUGAGAACUCGAAAGAAGUUGUUGACAGACAAAUCCUAGAUGAGAUGUGCGAACGGGGCGCUGCUUCCAACCACUUAAAGGAAAGGCGGAAGACAAUAGGGGCCAAGAUCACUGCAGCAACGCGACUUCAGGAAGAAUCUGCCAACCUAUCAAAACUUCGAAGCCAACGAGAACAGAUGUUUGUUCAGCGAGAAGAAAUUCACAAGGCGGGCCACAUCGUUGAUCCCGAUGAUGACGAAGAUGUCUUGACAUCACUGUGCGCAAAGAUUUUCAAGGCGAAGAGUGAAAUUGACUCGCGAGAACUCACAAUCUUCACUCUUUUGGAACAGUUGGGAGUGUCGACAUCCAGCAGAAUGGAAGACCCUUCAAAGAUAGACCGAGAUCAUCUGCUCUCCUCGAGUCCAGGGCUAUCCGACCAGAAGGUCCUGGUUGCCUCAACACAAAAGGUACCUCAAUCAACGUCAAAGAAUGCGAAUGGUGAGACCCCACGUGGUCUCUCUCACCUCUCGACGCAGUCGAUUCGCCAAACUCCGUCGUUGAACCGGUACGACGCAGUUGACAUAGCUAUCAAGUCGUCAAACCGAAGUCCUUCUCCCUGUCGCGAUUCUCCCAGAAGAACACAACUAUCGGAGUACACAAAGACGCACCGUUCCACCCCUAUAGGCUUAGACAUUCCCGGCUCAAGUCGCGCGUUCGCAAAUGUAGGUGCAGAAGCUAACAUGGGAGACUUUUCAAGAACGAUGGGUAGCCCAACGCGUGACUUUCCAUUCGAUGAUGAGGAUUUCGAGGAUGGUCUAGAUGACGAAGAAAUGUACAAAGUUGCAGAGCAGUUCGAACAGAACCUGUCAUCGAUGACAACGGCUGACCGGAGUGAGCGCACUGCCCUGCGUGAGGUGAGCGACAACAUCCGCAGAAUUUCGCCUCAGAAACCUGCAUCCAGAUCGUCGGUACGGCCCUCACCCGCGGCGCUGAUGCAAUAUCCAUGGUCGAAAGAAGUGUAUUCGACUCUAAGGAAAAUAUUUCAUCUCCAAGAAUUCCGCCACAAUCAACUGGAAGCCAUCAAUGCGACAUUGGGCGGCAAGGACGCCUUUGUGCUAAUGCCUACCGGAGGAGGCAAAUCUCUCUGCUAUCAGUUGCCAGCUGUGGUACAGAGCGGGCGGACAGCAGGGGUGACUAUCGUCGUCUCUCCCUUACUCAGCCUGAUGCAGGAUCAGGUGGAUCAUCUGCAAAAAUUGCACAUUCAGGCUGUUCUGGUCAAUGGACAGACUUCGAAUGAACAUCGGAACUAUAUCCUCCAAGCCUUACGAUCUAAUGAGCCCGAGAAGUUCGUUCAGCUUCUGUACGUAACGCCUGAGAUGCUCAACAAGAGCGAAGUAUUCUUCAAAGUCUUUCUGGAUCUGAACAAGAGGAGCCUUCUAGCACGCAUUGUGAUUGACGAGGCACACUGUGUCAGCCAGUGGGGACAUGAUUUUCGACCCGACUACAAGGCGGUGGGUGAAGUUCGCCGACGUUUCAAGAAUGUGCCUGUGAUGGCCUUGACCGCGACGGCGACGGAAAAUGUGAAAGUGGACUGCAUGCAUAAUCUAGGCAUGGAUGGCGCUGAGGUCUUCACGCAGAGCUUCAACAGACCGAACCUCACGUACGAGGUAAGGCCUAAGGGCAGCAAGCAAGCAGUGCUUGGAAGCAUUGCACGUCUCAUAGAAGAGUCUUACAAGGGACAGGCAGGAAUCAUCUAUUGCCUGUCGCGCAGAACUUGUGAAGACGUUGCGAAGCAGCUCCAAGAAGAAUAUAAUAUUCGAGCCCGCCAUUACCAUGCUGGGCUCGAUGCUGCAGAGCGGAUCCAUAUCCAGAAAGAAUGGCAAGCCGGAGUGUACAAAAUCAUUGUUGCCACGAUCGCGUUUGGCAUGGGGAUCGACAAGCCCGAUGUUCGAUUUGUCGUUCAUCACACUAUUCCCAAAAGCCUCGAAGGUUACUACCAAGAGACAGGUCGAGCUGGGCGGGACGGUGGCAGAGCUGGGUGUUAUCUCUACUACGGCUAUGGCGAUACGACCUCCAUCAAGCGGAUGAUUGAGAAAGGCGACGGCGACUGGCAGCAAAAAGAGAGGCAGAAGCACCUGUUGCGCAAUGUCGUUCAAUUCUGCGAGAAUCGCAGCGAUUGUCGCAGACAGCAAGUGCUCGGAUACUUCAAUGAACACUUCAAGCGAGAAGAUUGCAACGAUACCUGCGACAAUUGUAACUCGACCAGCACCUUCGAAACCCAAGACUUUUCCGAGCAUGCGAAGAAUGCAAUUCGUAUUGUUCAGCAAGUAUCUCGUGAGCAAGUUACCCUGUUACACUGUGUGGAUGUCUACCGUGGUGGCAAAAACAAGAAGAUUUCUGAGCUCCAGCACACCAAACUUCGCGAAUACGGGCUUGGGGCGGAUUUAGCCAGAGGGGACGUGGAACGAUUAUUCUACCGGCUCAUUAGUGAGGAUGCUUUGGUAGAAUAUAACAAGGUCAACACUGCUGGCUUUGCUACGCAGUAUGUCAAGCCGGGACCCAGAGCUCCCGAAUUUGAGACUGGCCGAGUGACACUGAGUAUGCAAGUUCUGGUCUCGCCGAGAGGUAAAUCGAGACCUAAGGAAGGCGGUUUGAAGAGCAGAAAGAAAACACAACGGAACGGCGUCAAAGCCGCUGCUGACGAUCAUCCGGCGUCUACCAACGUUUCGUCGCCGUUGCAGCCUAGGUCUCGCAGGAUUCCUCCCUGUGCGCAGGAUGACGAGGAUUCAGACGAAGAGUUUGUCGACGAAUUAGAGGAAGAAGAUGACGGCCACUAUUUUGAAUCGAUGCCAGCUGUUGGCAAUCGCCGGCCCACUAGAAAUGCCAAAGUUGGACCUCCAAUUACGACUGAUGAAAGGACGGGACAACUGGACGAGGUGCACCAACAUAUACUUGAUGACUUUGUCGAGAACGCAAAGAAGGAAAUUAAGCGCAUUCAGAUCAUGAAUGGCCUACGGCAGACAUCAGUAUCGGAUCUGAUACUCCGCGAAAUCGCGACUCAGUUCCCCCAGGAUGAGAACGCGCUCCGAGACAUUUGCAGGAUGAAUCCAGAAACCUUCCGAAUGUUUGGGCCCGUCUUGCUGCGUCUGGCUAGAUCCGCUUAUAAUGACUACAAGGCGAUGAGGGAGGCAACAGGGGAAGAUCUUGACGAACCUCACGACCGAUCAAUUGUGGAAAUCAGCGACGACGAGGAUGCAGAUCAAGUGACUGAAAGCGAUCGAGAUUUCGAUGCAACCGAGAGCAGUCACUACUUCGGUGUAGCUGACGAUGUCAGCCAUUUCAACGAGCAAUACAUCAGCAUUCGAGACCAAACCUCAGAAGGUGGCAUCGAAAAAGCGCAACUCUCGUCCCAGAUCUGCUCCUUGGAACCGGCGGGGUUCGCGCGUCUCACAGCAGCGUGGUAG